ACACACGAGGACAAAGAAUACCUGCGUUUAAUGGAAACCCUAGAGUUGCUAAUUUUGGAACUGGAUGGUGUCGAGUUGCAAGGUCAUGAACAGCUACGAUCGAUGCGACGUGCGGCAGUGGUUGAAAUCCAACACCUGAUCCAAAUGUUAGAAUCCCAAACACAACGACCCGGUUUAAAUGCGGUGAAAAAACCCCAGACAAACACCACAAAUGGACCUUAG